UAGUAUACGAUAAGUGCACGAAUCCUCUUUCCUACAUUUCCCAUGAUGAACCGCGGUCGUACAGGAAGUAACGACGUGUUCCUUCGCAGAUACUACUUCAGGAAGAGUUUCUUAAGAGCUGCAGCAAAGACCAAGUGUCUUUUUAUAGCAUCAUGUUGCCGACUACCCUGCCGCACAGCAACGGUGCCCUCGGUUCUCGGGAUGCUGCACGCCACACUGCGGGUGCCAAGCGCUACAAGUACUUGCGGCGCCUACUGCAUUUCAGACAGAUGGACUUUGAGUUUGCAGUUUGGCAGAUGCUUUACUUGUUUACGUCACCACAGAGGGUUUAUCGCAACUUCCACUACAGGAAACAGACCAAGGACCAGUGGGCCAGGGAUGACCCUGCUUUCCUCGUCUUGCUCAGCAUCUGGCUGUGUGUGUCAACAACAGGCUUCGGACUUGUCUUAGACAUGGGCGUAAUGGAGACUCUGAAACUGCUCCUGUGGGUUGUGUUUGUUGACUGCAUUGGAGUUGGCCUACUGAUAUCAACAUUGAUGUGGUUCAUCAGCAACAAGUACUUGUUAAAACAACCGAGCAGAAACCUCGAUGUUGAAUGGGGCUACGCAUUCGAUGUUCAUCUGAAUGCUUUCUACCCACUGUUGGUUAUUCUGCAUUUUCUGCAGCUUUUCUUCAUCAAUCAUAUAGUGGUGAUAAACGCUGACUGGUUCGUGGGAUACUUUGUUGGAAACACUAUGUGGCUGAUUGCUAUAAGUUAUUAUCUCUACAUCACCUUCUUGGGUUAUAAUGUCCUACCCUACCUGAACUACACGGUGGUGCUACUUUACCCCUUUGCUGUGCUUGGCCUCAUCUACAUUCUGUCCCUGACGCUGGGCUGGAACUUCACCCGUGGUCUCUGCUCCUUUUACAAAUUCAGAGUACAGUAAAACAAGAUCUAUCUUUGUGAUUCCAGACCAUUUUCAUCCUUUUUUUAUCUCGAGCUCCACGUAUGUUCAGCUGCAAUCAGCUAGCUGAGGACGAUGGACUGACCCUCGACCCUAGGUGUAUAAAGAAAGACUUUAUUUUUUGGCUCUUGGGUUGUACCUAAUAACAAGACUGGAUGGACGGUGGUUUCUUUGGACUUGGUGGACAAAUGAGAAACUUUAUUUUUACGGUUGAUCAUUUUUGUAUUAUUUGUAAAUAUUAUUUGGUAUGUUGGACAAUAUACUGUAAAUGUAUUUCUGCUGAUAAUAAUUUACUUUGAUUUUCCUUGAGUUUGAUUAAGACUUAACAAAAUACAAUCCUACUUAGUGUAGGAGAGGAAACUAAAUUACAGCUGUGUGGCUUUUUUCCCCCCUGUUGAAGUGUAUAUUUCAAAGCACUUUCAAUAAAAUGUUUUAUCAACAAAAUCACUACCAAAACAUAAUUUGGCUUCCCUGUUUCCUUCUAGUUAAAAGCACAAUAUUAAAGCAGCGUUGUGUCUUUUAUCAAUGGCUACUAUCAUACAAUUAUUGUGGUUUACAAUACUUGACAUUUAGGUAAUUGGUUUUCAUGUCAAAAACAGAUGCAGUUGUGGGAAAAGAAGCCGAUCUGGAAAUGAACAAUAUAUUGAAAUUAAACACUGUUACUAAAGGUGUCACUUUUGGCAAAUUUGAAUACAAUGUAAACAAUAUAGAUUUUUAAAUUAUUCAGUUAAAUGUAAAAUUGCUUAUUGUGUCAAGCCAUAAAGGUGAUGUAUUUAAAAAGAUGGAAAUAAAGAAAUAAAAUAGGUUGAAGUGGUUAAGUAUGCAUUACUACUCCAUUAUCAAAAUAUUACAACUCAUGUUCAACAUUUAUUCUUUGUACACUCGGAUUACUCUACUAACUCUUGGUCUCCACUUCCCAUCUCUUGGAUUUAUCAAAACCUGAAUAAUAUCCAACAUGUCGGCAUGUUUGGGUAUAGGACCUGUAGUCGGGGGAAGACGCAACAGCAUCAGUGCGAGAGGACACGUUUUGUUAGGUUCUGGUGGACAUUAAAAAAAAAAGAAUGAUAAAAA